CUGCCCCGCACUCCCCUCGCCGGGCGGGCUACGUGUGUGUGAGGGGAAGUUCCGCGGCGAGGCGGCGGCGGCGGCCAGGGCCGGCCUCAGCGUGCGGCUGCGCCCGGGGCGGACAAGAUGGAGGUAAAAGAUGCAAAUGCUGCAUUGCUAAGUAACUUUGAGGUGUUCCAGUUACUUACUGAUCUUAAGCAGCAGCGCAAAGAGAGUGGAAAAAACAAGCAGAGCUCUGGUCAGCAGAAUCUGAACACAAUCAUGUAUGAAACACUGAAGUACAUUUCAAAAACACCCUGUAGAUACCAGAGUCCUGAGACUGUGAGAGAUUUCCUUGUAGCAAUGAAAGGCCAUAAGCUAACGAAGGCAGAAAAGCUCCAGUUGCUUAACCACAGGCCUGUGACGGCAGUUGAAAUACAGCUGAUGGUAGAAGAAAGCGAGGAAAGGCUAACAGAAGAGCAGAUUGAGUCACUUCUCCAGACAGUCACCAGUAUUCUUCCAGGGGAUCCAGAAGAACAACAGAGGGACUCGGCAAUGGCAACCGAAGACAAAGGUGACCAAGCAUAGGAGGCAUCGGGGCCAAAGCUGGCAACAAUUUCAGCAGAAGAGAAUCAACUAAUAUUUUUCUGUUUUUUUUACUUGAUACCAGUUUAAUCUUGUAUUGGACAUCGUUGUAAAACGUGUUACAAUUUUUAUUACUCGGAGGUGAUGAGGGAACCAAUUGUUUACAAGACAGCAUGGAAAAGGACUCUAUUGUUUUGGCAUUUUGUCAUAAACAGGGAUGGUAGUAACUGAGUUUGUAAUGUCGCAGUCUGAGAAAUUAUGGGGCACAGAAUCUGAAGCUUUUGUAUUUUUUCCAUUACCCAUGUAACAGCUGUACAUUUGAAGAGGCUUAUAUACAGCUGGCAAUAUUUUAAUUAUCACAGCAGUACUGUAAUUAUAAUUGCUUUCAUAUGCUUUUGAAUUGCCCAACUGGUUUUCAGAAUACAGUCUACAAUACAAAGUCAGCUUUUGGAGCUGUUUGUGAAAAGGGCUGGUUCUGGUGAUCAGAACAUAGAGUAAUGUAUAAGAACCGCUUGGUAUCUGCCCAGACAAUUUCAAGUGGGCUGUUGGCAUCAUGGAAGCGAGAGGAUCUGUUGGUAGGGUAACUGUUCUCAAGGGUGUCUGACAGUCUGUACUUGAUAAAAGAGAGAUCCACAUCAUCAGCUAAAUCAACAUAUUGCUACUGAAAUCAGCUGAGUUGGACCAGUUUACAGCAGUUGAGGCUCUGGACUCAAAUGUUGUCAAGGCUCUUAGUAAUAGAAACAGAAGAACAUUUAGGCGUGGGGUGUAUAUUUUCCCUUUGAACGUUUGUUCCAAUAUUUAUAUAUAGACAAGUCACAGUCUUGUGAACAUGCGGUCGACCGUGAAAUAAAUGAAUGAGUCAACACUGAAGUGAAGUCCUAAUCUGGUUCAGAAGAAUGAGAAUCAGUCCUGGCUGAAGCAGAAUUUUCUGUGUACUGAGCUUUUGUCUGAUUAAAGAUUUCAGGAUCAAGUAUUUAAUGUUGAAAGCAUUGAUGAUUAUAACAAAUCAUUUCUGUAUCUCUACAUAUAUAUACAUAAAGUCAUGACUUAUACAUGGCACUGGUUUUAUACUAUGACUGCAGACCAUUCUUUUAUAAUUAUUAUAACGUACUGGAAAUAGAAAUAAAGUUUGAAGUACAUCCUGGGAAUUUUGUGGCUUACAGACAAGAUAUAAGACCUUGAAUCAGAAUAUCUGACUUUUUUUUCCCUGCUUCUGUCAUGGUUUUAUUUUGUGUGUUUAUGCAAAGAAUUUACGCUUUCUGAGCUUUAGUUGUGCCUUAUAUGAAAGGGAGUGAUAACUUCCAGUGUGUGGGGGAUUUAUGAUACGCAUUUCCAUGGUAUUUUAAGCUGCUUUGAUGUUUGGAGAGGAAAGGAAAUUAUUGGCAAACAUAUUUGUUAUCUCUCAGAGAUAAUUUAUCUAAUAUUAAAUGCAUUCCAAGGCUGGAGACCAAAGGUAGGUUUUGACUGGGUAAGUGUAGUAUUAGAGGGGGAAAGUCCUUGGUGGUUUUCGUGAUACAUCAAUAUAUAUUUUUCUCUCUAAAUGUGCAACAAAACAAAAGAGAUAAGUAGAUCAUAUCACAGAAUGACAUGCAGUUAAUCUUAAAAUGAGCAUUUUUAUUCUUAGCAGUCAUGGAUGUUGUUUGACAUGCUGUGGCCUUGGGCUGCGUUUACAUUUUUAUCUGUCUUUUUCUAAAAUUAAGUUAUUGAAGCAUGUUCUAAACUUAUGAAAAGCAGAUGGAACCAGAUUGCAAGUAUCUUUAGCCAGCAAGAAUAUUUUAACAGAUCUCUGAAGUUGGAUGUUCCCUCUUGGGAAUUGCUGAUUUGUUAUCGUAAUGGAUUUUUGCCAGCAUCCAUGUUGUCUUCUGUUGUACAAGAUACAAGAACUUGUUCACUUGCUAUUGUAUUUAACCUUUUUAUCAAAAUCAAUCCCAGAUGGAUACAUAUAUUAAACUUGUGCAAAUGCA